AUGACACUUUGGGAUAAACCUGAAGCUAUGUUUAGACUUAAGACAGAACAUGAGAAGAGGACACAGAAGCAAGAAUCAUCCUGGCUUUUAAUACUAGUUAUUCUUCACCUUCAGAUACUGGAACCUUUACAAGAAACAGAAGAGGUCAACAAUGGAGCAUCUCAGGAGACGAUCGAGAGAUGCACAUACCCACAUAAAUACAAAAAAAGGGACCUGCCCCGCCAACAAGCCGGCGAAGCACCGACUCAGGAAGCCACCGACGAGCAGUGCACCAUCUGCUUGUGCACUUUAGAGGAAGGGGAAGAUGUGAGACGUCUUCCCUGCAUGCACAUUUUCCAUCAAGUGUGCAUUGACCAGUGGCUGGCUACAACUACGAGAUGCCCCUUAUGCAGAGGGGACAUCGAAGCCCAGCUGCCACGUGAAAAUUAACACCACGGUCGGAACUGUGGCCCUCCCUCUCCUUCCCACCCUCCUGGUACACAAUCCUAUCAAGAACAAAAGAACAACAAAAGAAAACAUCCAAGUAAUACCAGAGCUCACUAGAGAGGAGUUAGGCACUCUUUGA